GUCUUCCUGUCUCUGUCUUUCAAAGAAUUCACCUCCCCCAAAAAUAAAAAUAAAAAAAUAAAAAAGCUCAAUAUUCAAGGUGGGUCUGUUGGACUUGGGAACGCGAGAGAGAGAGUAUUUGUAUAUUUUUAGUACAAAAUACCGUAUUCCACAUUAUACGAUCAAAAGUCAAAGUAAUAUAGGAGUAUUUAUCUACAUGAGAGACACACUGGUUAGGGUUUUCAGUUCUUCUCUGGCUCCUGUCUCAAUUUCAGCUUUCGGGUAUUGCUUAGAAAUUUACAAAUCAGGUCUUUAGCACUGGGUCUUCAGCUAUAUGUGCUGGGAUUCCGUGCGUUCUACUUCAAGUUUGGGAUUUUCUACGCAGUUUGUGGUGGUUUUGGAGCUUGAAAUUAAAGUUGCUGGUUACCGGUGAAUUUGGUGUUAGAAGGGUUUGUUAAGGUUUAGAGGGUCUUUUUUUGGUACUUACUUUUUUGUAUUGGUGAAUUUUAAGGUUUAUUUAUCUUUUUGGUUCGUAUGUUGAUUGGAUUUGUGUUUUAGCUUUAUACUUGUUAGGUAAACUCGUAAAAUUUCUCCAAUUGUACGGAAUUGGAGGUGAUGAAAUAGUAGUUUGUGUUAGCUAGAAAAACUACUAGACUCUUUUGUGAUCAGGAGUUUCUGGUUAGUGGUUACUUCUGUUUUGUGAAGGGCUUUUAGAUUUUGGAUUUUGUUUUUUGGGGGAUAAGGAGGCGGUGGUGAUGAUGAUGAGGGUGAUUCAUGGGUAGUAGAACGGUGAAGAUUGGUGCAGACGAUGAUAGUAGAGUUAUGACCGGGAUGCCGAGCUUCGUUCCUGCAAUACCCAAUUCCAAUUCCCUUGGAACAGAAGGAAACACCAUUCGUUCUUCUCAACUUCCAGACUUUGGAACAUUUGAGCAGUCCCUUGGAUUUCGCAUAGAGGAUGCCGUUGGCCUAAAUCCUUUAUAUAAUCAGAUGAAGUCAAGUAGCCAGGCACUGGGUACAGAUAUUCAAUUUGCCACUUUAAAUAAGACAUUACAACUACAAAAAGAACCACAAGCGAAUCUGGUCUCUACAUCUGGUGGCCAUCGUGAAAAUUGGGGAGAGUCCACUAUGGCAGAAGCAAGCCCAAGGACCGAUACAUCGACAGAUGACACAGAUGACAAGAAUCAAAGGCAUGAAAUGGGUCAAUUGAUUGGUGUUGCAGCCUCUGAUUCUAGUGACAAAUCAAAGGAGAAAUCAGGGGAUCAAAAGACCUUGCGCCGGCUUGCUCAAAAUCGUGAAGCUGCCAGAAAGAGCCGAUUAAGGAAAAAAGCAUAUGUGCAACAGCUUGAGAGUAGCCGGCUAAAGCUAACCCAACUAGAGCAAGAGCUGCAGCGGGCCCGCCAGCAGGGCAUAUUCAUUUCAAGCUCAGGAGACCAAUCCCAUUCAAUGAGUGGAAAUGGUGCCUUGGCAUUUGAUGUAGAGUAUGCACGGUGGCUAGAAGAGCAGAACAAGCAGAUAAAUGAGCUGAGGGCUGCAGUCAAUUCACAUGCAGCCGAUGCUGAGCUUCGCACCAUUGUUGACAAUGUUAUGGCACACUUCGAUGACAUUUUUAGGCUGAAAGGCAUUGCAGCCAAAGCUGAUGUUUUCCACAUAUUGUCAGGAAUGUGGAAGACACCAGCGGAACGGUGUUUUAUGUGGAUUGGUGGCUUCCGAUCAUCUGAACUACUCAAGCUUCUUGUCAAUCAAUUGGAGCCUUUAACUGAACAACAAUUGGUGGGCAUCUACAACUUGCAGCAAUCAUCCCAGCAGGCUGAAGAUGCUCUAUCACAGGGCAUGGAGGCAUUGCAGCAAUCUCUGGCUGAGACAUUGGCCAAUGGCUCACCUAGUCCAUCAGGAUCAUCUGGGAAUGUGGCAAACUAUAUGGGUCAAAUGGCCAUGGCCAUGGGAAAGCUUGGAACACUUGAGGGGUUUCUUCGCCAGGCUGAUAAUCUGCGUCAACAAACACUCCAACAAAUGCACCGUAUAUUAACAACCAGGCAAUCAGCCCGCGCACUUCUUGCCAUAAAUGACUAUUUCUCUCGUCUUCGAGCCCUCAGUUCUCUCUGGCUUGCCCGGCCACGCGAAUGACAAGCUAAAUCCCCUAAAUGAAGUUAUUCUGAAGAUUGAUCUCCCUGGCCCCCUAUCCUAUCAAGUCAGCACUAAGCUUUGAGUUUGUAAAGAAUCAACCACAUGAUUCACCAUCAAGUCAACUGCUGCGGUUCUUUAUCUUAGAAUCCUUUUGGGACCUGGCUGUUGUGCAGUAUCAUCACACUUGUUGAUAUAGUCUCAUCUCUAGUUCUAGUGUCACAUAUGUUCACCUAGGUCUUUUAUCCUCAUUUCUUACGUUUAAAACUAUAGUGCCAAUAAUCUGAUUAUGUUAGAUUUUAGGGUUGUAUUUGUAAUGUAGGUUACUGCUCUCAAUUUGUAUACCAGAACCGAUUAUAUAAUGGUGCAAGAGUUCCUUUUUGGGUGUGGA